AUGUCAACGAGUCCGAAGCGAACGGCAGGCACAUUGCAAGACGCUGCCAACCCAACGAAAAAAUCCAAGACGGCUGACCAUGAGCAGAUCGACUUGCCGCCAAUUGGCAAAGGCAGCGUUGUGACUUUCGGAGUAGAACUUGAAUGUAAUAUCAUUUUCUCGGAGCAUGAGCUCACAGCUAUCACAAAAGAGUACAGUAUUCCAUAUCAUCAUAUACAGAAGGGUCACCCAGUGGUCCACGGCGCCGAGUACAGAGUCAACGACAAUGCAUUGCUGAGCGAUGACCCAUCCAACACAUGCCGAACCCACUACCCUUCCUGGACUCUAGCUGUAGCAUACGAUAAGAGAGAAAAGCCAGUCAGGAAGGACCCGUUUCAUCCUUGCACACACUACGUAUACUACCCCAGCGGUAAGUCGCCAAAAGGCCCUCCACUCCGCAUCCGCAAACUAUUCUCUGAGCAUCUCCUACUCGCGAAGAAGGCGUUGAGUCAACACAAGCUUCCAGUAGAUGUUUGUGGGGAGGCAGGCGCCUACUGGAAGAUCGUUGCGUUGCCCAAGCGGCAAACACCAGGAGACUUCUUGACAUGCCAGUUUCCAGAUUACACACAAUGGACACUGACCAACGAUAGUAGCCUGAUCGGCUUUCUCAAAAGUCAGCUUGUUGAUAAGGUUUCUUACAUUACCAAACAGAAUCAGCACGAGUACGACAGUAUGGGUCUCGAGCUCAUAUCGCCGGUCUUCCAGCUAAGUGAGAAGGACGCCAGCCUUGAUCUGCUGGGGCAGUACCUCGCCGCCCUGAGAGCGGGACCAAUGUGCACCAUUCGUCCGUCGGUAUGGACUGGACUGCAUGUGCACCUCGGCUUGGCCACCCGGAAUACCAACCACGGAGAAGGUCAGGUUGAUGAAUGGUUUGUGAGGCAUCUACUAUAUACCAUCCUCUUGCACGAGGACUUGAUUUCGCAAUGCUUCCCCCGCGACCGGUCCGGAGAGACACCUCUCGCAGAGCUGAGACCAGUAGGUGCCACAUCAGAGAGCGACGAGGAUCCGACGGCUGAGGAGCUGGAAGAGCAGUGGCGAGUCGAGGAGGACCAACGGCAGCGGCAAACCGCACCGACAUUUGAAGAUAUAGAAGCCGCGCACGAUGCAAAGGAACUAGAGGCAAUACAAGCCAACGACGAAGACGUGCUGGCUGCUGAAUCAAAACUGACCAAUGAGCUCAACCUCCUCUCUAACGCCUGGUACCUGACGAUGAAGCAGGACCUGCGCCUCCCGCUCCACGAGAACACGCAUCAAGUUCGCGAUUUUAUAUUCGCCCCAGUGUCACUGGCCAGGGUCUUGACGAUGGUCCAGGGCUCAAACGCUGGCCAUGACAACGGCAACUGGGAAGACGAGGGUGAUGACCGGUGGCGCGGCUUCAUCUACAAUUUCAGCAAUCUACAUAACUGGGUCCGGAACACUGAGGGCAUCUCCCGCUCAAAGAAGCCAACGAUUGAGUUCCGCCAGCACGAGGGCUGUGUAGACACCGGAGAAAUUCGUCGCUGGGUGGAUUUCUUGGAGGCACUGGCGAAGAAGGCAGAUGAGAUGAGGUUGCAGGCCGGAGACGAGGAUCGGGAGACUGGUGCUCAAGGGCUGCCUUAUCCUGUGGCUUUUCCGUUCAGAAACAUUAGAGACUUUUGCGAAUGGCUGAUUCUACCAGAGGUGGAUGUGUUAUACUGGGUUGAGAGGUGGGAGAAGCAUCACCUGGAUCGACCAUCGGAGGAUGCUCGGAAGAGGCAAGAGGAGGACGAGGCGAAGGCACAGCAGGACACGUAG